AUGCCCACCGAGGACUACUACGACAGAGUGACGUUGAACGGCCAUGGAAAUUUGCAGCAACAUGUGUACCAGAAGAAGAAAAACAGUCAAUGGAAAAUGGUGUGGAGAGUAAUAACCGAGCCCUGCACGGUGUAUGCUAUUUGUGGGGUGUACGGGAUUUGCUCUUCACCAGAUAAUGAGACAGUCAGCUGUGACUGCCUCCCGGGUUACCGCCCCUUAGAUCCCAAUAACAUUGCUAAGGGAUGCUACCCAAAGAUCAAGCCGGAUCAUUAUUUUCCUAAUGCCGGUUUUGCAAAUUUGGGAAGAGUAACACCAACAGACGAAGAGGGCUGUAGGAAGGCACUCAUGGAUGACUGUUAUUGCAUGGCUGCUUCAUUUGUCAAUUCAACUUGUUACAAUAAGAGGAUGCCAAUUCUGAAUGUUAGAAUUAGCCGCAAUUCUACAAAUGGGUAUAAGGCGUUAAUCAAAGUGCCGAAACAGAUUAGUGAUGGAGGAGGUAUUCUGGAUGGUGAUCAUGGCGGGAAGAAGUCUGUAAGUCGGGGUCUACUGAAAGCUGGUCUUUUCAUAAGUGUGGCGUUUGCUCUGUUGUUCGCAGCUCUUGCCGUCUACUAUCACCCUUUAGUUGGACGACUCAUCAGACGAUCCAGAAGGCCCUCUGCAGAUGUGGACGCUAUGUUGAUUAACCUGAGAGCUUUUACAUUUGAGGAGCUGCAUGAAGCAACAUGUGGGUUCACAACAAGACUAGGCCGAGGAUCAUUUGGGAUGGUUUACAGCGGGACCCUGAUCAUAGAGGAUAAACAGAUUGAGAUUGCUGUGAAGGCUCCGGAGAAGAUAGCUGUUGCUGAACAAGUCGAGAAGGAGUUUGAGGCGGAGCUGACGGCUAUUGGUCGAACACAUCACAGGAAUCUGGUUCGCCUGUUGGGCUUCUGUAAUGAGAACAAGCACCGGAUUUGGUUUACGAGCUAA